GAAGUAAAUUAUCUCAGCCGCCUGGGCAGGGGCUCCGAGGACCGGGUUUAAGGUCAUGGUUAUGAAGGCUUCAGUAGAAGAUGAUGAUUCAGGAUGGGAGAUGAAUAUAGCUGAGAAGAUGGAAAAGAGUAACACAAGCUGGAUAGACAUUACCCAAGAUUUUGAAAAUUGCUGUAAAGAAUUGAAGUUAGGAGAGUUGCUUCAUGACAAACUCUUUGGUCUGUUUGAAGCCAUGUCUGCUAUUGAAAUGAUGGAUCCUAAGAUGGAUGCUGGUAUGAUUGGAAACCAAGUUAAUCGAAAAGUUCUUAACUUUGAACAAGCUAUCAAGGAUGGGACCAUUAAGGUUAAAGACUUAUCCUUGCCUGAAUUGAUAGGAAUAAUGGACACUUGCUUUUGUUGCUUGAUAACAUGGCUAGAAGGCCAUUCCUUGGCACAGACAGUAUUUACCUGCCUGUACAUUCAUAAUCCUGAUUUUAUUGAGGAUCCUGCUAUGAAGGCAUUUGCACUAGGCAUCCUAAAAAUUUGUGAUAUUGCUAGAGAAAAAGUAAACAAAGCUGCAGUAUUUGAAGAGGAAGAUUUUCAGUCCAUGACAUACGGAUUUAAAAUGGCAAACAGUGUGACGGAUCUUCGAGUUACAGGUAUGCUAAAGGAUGUUGAAGAUGAUCUGCAACGGCGAGUUAAGAGCACUCGAAGCCGACAAGGAGAAGAGAGAGAUCCAGAAGUGGAACUUGAACAUCAGCAGUGCUUUGCAGUAUUCAGCAGAGUGAAGUUUACUCGGAUAUUACUGACUGUACUAAUAGCCUUUACCAAGAAAGAGACUAGUGCAGUUGCAGAAGCUCAGAAACUGAUGACUCAGGCUGCUGAUUUGCUUUCUGCUAUUCACAACUUAAUACAUCAUGGUAUUCAGGCUCAGAAUGAUACAACAAAAGGAGAUCAUCCUAUAAUGAUGGGCUUUGAGCCACUAGUUAAUCAGAGAUUGCUUCCGCCAACUUUUCCUCGAUAUGCAAAAAUUAUUAAAAGAGAAGAAAUGGUUAACUAUUUUUCAAAACUUAUAGAACGAAUCAAAACUGUAUGCGAAGUCAUCAAUUUAACCAAUUUGCAUUGCAUACUAGAUUUUUUCUGUGAAUUUAGUGAACAGUCACCUUGUGUUCUUUCAAGAUCACUGUUACAGACAACUUUUCUUGUUGACAAUAAAAAAGUGUUUGGUACUCACCUUAUGCAAGACAUGGUAAAAGAUGCCCUAAGAUCUUUCGUCAGUCCUCCAGUACUUUCACCUAAAUGUUGUCUUUAUAACAAUCACCAAGCUAAGGACUAUAUUGACUCCUUUGUCACACACUGCGUUCGACCAUUUUGUAGUUUGAUUCAGAUUCAUGGGCACAAUAGAGCUCGACAGAGAGAUAAACUUGGCCAUAUUCUUGAAGAAUUUGCUACUUUGCAAGAUGAGGCAGAGAAAGUGGAUGCAGCUCUUCACAGUAUGCUCUUAAAACAAGAACCCCAAAGGCAGCAUUUGGCCUGCUUGGGAACUUGGGUCCUAUACCAUAAUCUUCGCAUUAUGAUACAGUAUCUUCUCAGUGGGUUUGAACUGGAGCUAUACAGUAUGCAUGAAUAUUAUUACAUAUAUUGGUACCUUUCUGAAUUUCUGUAUGCAUGGCUAAUGUCAACACUCAGUCGUGCUGAUAGUUCUCAGAUGGCUGAAGAAAGAAUAAUGGAAGAACAACAGAAAGGCCGGAGUAAUAAAAAAACAAAGAAAAAGAAAAAAGCUCGUCCUCUGAGCAGAGAGAUUACCAUGAGCCAAGCCUAUCAAAAUAUGUGUGCUGGGAUGUACAAGACCAUGAUUGCUUUUGACAUGGAUGGUAAAGUGAGAAAACCGAAAUUUGAACUCGAUAGUGAACAAGUUCGAUAUGAACAUCGGUUUGCCCCAUUCAACAGUGUCAUCACACCACCACCUGUACACUACUUGCAAUUCAAGGAAAUGUCUGAUCUAAACAAAUACAAUCCUCCUCCUCAAUCUUCUGAUCUCUACAUGGCUGCUAGCAAACACUUCCAGCAAGCUAAAAUGAUACUGGAGAAUAUCUCUAACCCAGAUCAUGAGGUCAAUCGAAUUCUUAAAGUUGCUAAACCGAAUAUUGUGGUAAUGAAGUUGCUGGCAGGAGGUCACAAAAAGGAUUCUAAGGUUCCUCCAGAAUUUGAUUUUUCUCCUCAUAGAUACUUCCCAGUAGUGAAACUUGUUUGAAAAGAAAGGUUUAGGGGAACAGAUGGAUUAUAAUUUGUGUAAUAAAGCUGCCUUGGAGAGACUCCUUUAUGCUGUGCUGAAAAGGGACAGAAAACUCUUGGUCAAAAGUACUGUUAUCAGGAGCAACUUCAUUCAGCCCUAACAGCUGGAAUACCUGCUGUUUUAAAAUGGUAUGUGUAAUGUUCUUCUACUGGAGCUGAUUUUAUAACUACAUUGUUGAAGCAGUAUAUGUUUUGAUUUUAUUGUAGAUUUAUCUAUAAAUCAUUUUUAUGAAUGGUGUUGGAACAUUUCAUAACAUGCUUGACCACUCUGAAAAUACAAUGCAAUAAAGGAAGCUGUUCUGUUUUGAUAUGCAUUAGAAUUCACUUCUAAGAAAACAAAUAUGCUGGUCCUGCUGCAUGUUUCUGUGGGAGCCUCUGAUCAAAUUUGGUUAGCUUGCAAAUACUAAAGUUUCACCCAUAGAGUUUGGCUAGCUGUUACUUCUGAUUAUCAUGCUAUUGGGCCAAAAAAAAAAAAACCUUUCAAAAGAAACUGUCAGUUUUUGUUUCAUGCUCUGGCCCUUGAUAGAUUCUAUUUAUAUAUUCUUGAGUAACACUGGAAGGAUUCUACACCUCUUCACUCUUUGUAUUUUGAUUGCUCACUGCUCUAGCAAAUAGCUAGCAUCUACAUUUAAAUUAGUUUUCAUUGUUCAGGGAUUGUUUUAUAACAUUUUUGCAAGGGGACAUCUUUGGUAUCCUCAGUUAAAAGUAUGGUACAUACAGACAUCAGCUUCCUUAUAAAACAAGUCUGCCUCAGGAUUACUUUCUAAUGAAUCAGCUAAAUGCAGUAUUGAAUUUGAAGCAAAUGCAGUUUAGAGGGUUUUUUUGUUCACACAUUUGAAUUACAGAUAAUCCUCGGGUUACGACAGCAGUUGGGACCAGAAUUUCUGUUGCUAAGCAGUGCAGUCUUAUAGCACGACAUCAUGAGACUGCAUCACUUAGUGGAGGCAAUCCUGGCAGUCCUGGUUGCCGUCAUAACCCCAGGACCAUGCAGGUUAUUAAGUGAGGACCUCACAUGACUAUGAUGUGGGAAGAGGCAGGAGUCCCAGCAAGCAGGCUGAUAAGUGACAGGUACAGGCAGACAGAUGGGUGCAAAGGGCAGGCAUGUGGGUGCCAUGAGUAGGUGCUACAGAGGGCAGAUGGGUAAAAAAGUGGCAGGAGCAACUUGUAACCUCCUGCUGGCUUCCCCAUUGACUUUACUUGUGGG